AUGUCGGCGUGCGGCGGAGGCGGCGUCGGCGGCGGUGGCGUUGGUUCAGCGGUGGCAGCGGCGUUACAUUUCUUCGCUGCCUCGCAGUGUCUGGUGCGGGAGGAGUGGUUACCGGACGCUACUGUCCACAACGGUUCUACAUGGGACUUCAUCGUGGUCGGAGGAGGGACGGCGGGCGCGGCGCUGGCGGCGCGGCUUCCUGGCGCGGUGCUGCUGCUGGAGGCUGGAGGGGACCCACCGCAGGAAAGCAUAAUACCAGGAUUCCGCCACCACCUCAAAGGCAGCGAAUAUGACUGGAACUUCACGUCCGUAGACGACGCCGUGUCAAGCCAGGCGCUUAUCAAUGGCCAGCAGCUCCAACCUCGAGGCAAGACGCUGGGCGGCAGCGGCUCCAUCAACGACAUGGUCUACGCCAGAGGCUUCCCUGCAGACUACGAGGAAUGGGCUUCCCUCGUCGGAGAACAAUGGAACUGGACUAACGUCCUAAAAUACUUCAAGAAGACUGAACAUCUAACUGAUGAAAAGAUCAUUAACGAUCCUGAAUUAAUGGAGUAUCAUGGUAGGAAUGGAGAUAUAGAAGUCACCGGUUUAAAUGAGUCCAUGUAUACGACUACAAAGUUCCUGGAAGCAUUUGAAGAGUUGGGUUUUCCAAUAGUAAAGGAUAUGACCUAUCCAGGUUUGAUAGGAGCUGGAAGAUUCUCACACACCAUCAGAGACGGUCAGAGAGACAGUUCUUUAACCGCGAUGCUUAAUAAACAAUCAUGGAAUGAGAAAUUGAAAGUGGUCAAAAACGCAUUGGUGACCAAGAUUUUGAUUGAGAAUGAUAAAGCUUACGGAGUAGAGGCGCUUAUAAAUGGAGAUAGCUUCACCUUUUUGGUUGACAAAGAGGUUGUAGUUUCUGCAGGGACUUUUAAUACUGCCAAGUUAUUGAUGCUCUCUGGUUUAGGCCCGAAGGAGCAUUUGGAAGAGAUGGAAAUCGAGGUUAUAAAAGACUUGCCUGUGGGCGAUAACCUCCACGAUCACGUGAUGGUGCUGACGUACUUGGCAGCUGACAAUGGAACUUGUUUCUACAACGAAGCAGAGUCUCAAAUGGAAUUGAUAAGGUAUCUGUACGAUCGAACGGGCUCCUACUCGAGAACCGACAGCAUGGGCGCGUAUAUAACAAACAAAGACGGCACAGUACCGGAAUUUGCGAUUUACCCGUCGUGUAUAUCAGUAGGAGAGAACUUUUACCAAAACUGUGUAAAUAUGCUCGGGUUUCAACACAAAAUUUGUACUCAACUCCAAUCAGAGCUGGAAAGCAGUGAGCUAUUAGGACUAGCUGUUGUUCUCUUGAAGCCGAAAUCUCGUGGUAAAGUGCGGUUGAAGUCCGCGGAUCCGUUGGAAGCUCCGUUGAUAUACUCCGGCACUUUUUGCGACAUUUCUGACUUGGAUGGAUUUCCUAGCGCAUUGCAGAUAGCGUGGUCGAUAGCAAAUACUUCUUAUUUUAGAGCGGUGAACGCUCGAGUUAUUGAGUUAGAUAUUGAUUAUUGUAACAAUAUAGGAACAGAAGAUUUAAAGUGUAAAGCUCAAGCGAUGGCGACGUCAGCGUGGCACGCUGUCGGGACCGCCGCGAUGGGGAGUGUGUUGGAUAGCCGACUGAAGGUGAGAGGGGUGCGAGGGUUGAGGGUGGCUGAUGCUAGUGUGAUGCCGAAGGUGGUUCGAGGGAAUACCAACGCGCCCGUUAUCAUGAUUGCGGAAAGGGCGGCUGACUUCAUUAAAGAGGAGUAUUUUGGACUUUAAUUA